GACCGAGGCAAGUGCUCCAAGUCCACAGCAAACGACAUUUCACAUAGUUCAUAUCUAAAAAAACUACCUAGCGCAACGUGGGUUUCUCACAUAAACACACAUCACGCACUCAGAUUGUGUGAAAGAAAGGGAAACAUUUUCCGAACCCCCAAAAAUCUCAAACCUCGGAUACCUGCUGAAAAUCCGAUCGCCGGAGCUACCGUCAGCGGCGUUAUGGCGGCGUUGAAACUGUUCCUGCUUACUGUAUUCAUCUCUCUAGUUCUCGCUCACGUCGGAGCUCGAGCUGAUGCCUCAGUCUCAGAUGUCGAAGAAGUCAAAGUCGCCGGAUCGGACGGUCCAGAUUCUGCCGUCCUCGAGCAACUUAAGUCCAAGAUCCACAGCCUAGAAUCUCAGAUUGAGGAGAAAAUUCGAGAACUAAAAGAAAAGGACCAUGCAGUUGCAGCUAAGGAAAAGAUAAUCAAGGAAAAAUCAGAUGCUGUUGUAUCAUUGAAGAGUGAAAUUGCUUCGUUACAUAAAAAGGGCAAACUGGAUGCUGCAGAAAAAGUGGGGAAGGCACAUGCAAGAGCUGGGGAGCUGGAAAAGGAGGUUGAGAAACUCAGAAAAGAUCUUCAUUUGAAAACAACCGAGAAAGAUCUGUUGGAAGCCCGGGUGACCGAAGCAGAAAAAAAGUUUCCCGAGUUGAACUCUAAACUCGCAAGUCUUCAGAAGAUUAUCGAUGACCAGAAAGCUAAGAUACGUAAAACUCAACGAGCUCUUGAAAUUGCUGAGGAAGAAUUGAUGAAGGCAAAAUUUGAAGCAACAUCCAGAACCAAAGAGUUGAUGCAGGCGCAUGGUGCUUGGUUUCCUCCUUGGCUUGCAGUUCAUCUUAAUAAUUAUCAGGCACUGUUAGAGGAGAACUGGAAAGUGCACGGAAAGCCUGCUCUGGAGUCGUUGGUAAAGAAGGCUACUGAAAAGAAGGCCCAAGCUGAAGAAUGGGCCGCUCCACAUGUUGAAACAGUCAAAACUAAAUUGGUACCAGCCAUCAAGGAACAGUGGGUGGUUAUAGCCACAAAUAUUGAACCCCAUGUGCAAACAUUAACCACAAAAGCUGUGGAGAUAUAUGAAGUGUCAAAGGAAGCUGUGACUCCACACAUUGUUAAAGUUCAGGAACUUGCGAAUCCUUAUUUCCAGGAAUUGAGGAAAGUGAGCAAACCAUAUAUUGACAAUGUAGCCACUGCUGCAAGACCUCAUGUUGACAAAUUGCAGACUACUUUGAAGCCAUAUACACAGGAGGCAGUUAAAGCUUAUACAAAGUUCCUUGAGUCAGCAACUCUAUAUCACGGUCAGGUUCAAAACAUAGUUCAUGAUAAACUCAAGAGUUACGAGGUUACAAAACCUCUUGCUACAAAAGAGCUGGUUUGGUUUUCUGCUUCGGCAUUGCUAGCUUUGCCUAUCAUCUUGCUGCUGAAAAUCUUUUCAGCUUUUUUCGGUAAAAAGGGAAAGAAGCCCACCCGACAUGGCAAUGCACACAAUGCUCGUCGCAAAGGAAAACGCGUACAUUCAGACAAGUGAAACCUGCUAAUGUACUCCACCUUUUGAUUAUACAAGACAGUCUGCUCCCGAGUUUAGAUGUGAAGUGCCACGAUUUUCAUUAUUGUUUGCUAUUGUGGGCAGAUUCCUAUGUAUGGUGUCGGAGCGUUCGGAGUUGCAUUUGUUCAUUAAGUACGCUGUUGAUUUUGGAAGGUUUUGCAAAUCUUCAGUCCCAUAUGUAGAAUAGAAAAUCUGGGUGAUGAUAUAACUAGAUCUCAGUAUAUUUUACAUGUAGUUUCAAAAUUUGUAGUUGGGGUUUGUGUAUCAUGGCGUUUGAUAUUUAUGUCGUCCAGUUUUUUGCUCAGGUCUUUUUUUGAUGUAAAAACUGUCUCAAACGUUGUUUAAUCUGUUCAUUAACUAAAGUUGGAUAUCCUCAUUUAUGUUAUUCAAAGAAUUUAUUUGGAUU